AUGGAGUGUGCUGCCAAGGGGAGGGUCACCUCACGAUGCACCAAGAUGCCGGCCACCAGGCGCUGUCCUCGCUGCGGCGCCGUCGCGUACUGCUCCAUCUCCCAUCAGGUUUGACCGUCGCCUCCUGCUUCUCUCAUGACUGUCGCGCAUUUUUUUUCUUCAGUUAAACAUCCUAUGGUGUGAAUCAAGGAACAGAUGAACGCUUUUCCCUGUGGAUGUCAGACUCUGUCAGUGUAUGCAUUCUCAUUAAAAAGAUAAAUCGUCUUUAUUACAAAAGGUCUGUGGCUGUGUUGGUGUACUGGACAAUAGUAAAACCCAACAAAAUGGCGGCCAUCAGCAGCCAACUGAUUUCAGAUCAUGACCAAUGUUUCAUCAGUUGGCUGCAAUGCAUACAUAGUAAGAUAAAACAUGUGAAGAUUUAAAAACUUUCCAGUUUCGUUAACGUUCGACCAAUGAAAAUUCAUAACUAAGGAGAGUAAUAUACUUUCUAAUGUGAUCCCCAAUGCAGUAAAGAUAAAACUGUCUAUGUAUACUACAUACUCAGAAAAUCAGUUUUGGGUUUGCUGAAUAUUCUAUUUGAGAACACGUCAAUAAGUCUUUUCUAGUUAUUUGAUAGCCAGUUUUGUGGAUGAUGGACCCUUUUUUUCAGUUCACUGACGAUUAUCUAUUGGGUGUGUUGUAUGUCCCAAAAGGCAUGGAACUCUGGAUCAAACUACUGUAUUAUGCUUUGCUUAUCGGUUGUUCUAUGAUCAAAGCUACACAAACCUAGCACAGAAUGCAGAACGGGUUUGUCGGGAAUGUCCAUCUUUUGAGAAACCAUGGCUUCAAAUAAUUCUAGAUAAACAACCUUUAAGUGUUCCUAGAAGAAUUUCAGUUAGAACAAAGAUUAUCCAAAGGGUGGCUUCCGAGAUGUUUGACUGUUUUUCAAGAAAGCAUCCAGUAAUGUCGUGUUAUCAGUAAAUUUCUAUUGCCCGAAACCUCCUUCAUCUUAGCCUCCAUUCUAAACCUUGCUUUAAACAUUGACUUGGAUUAAAAUAAAUAUUUUUUUACGAUUCUUGACUUUUGCUCUUCUUCAAGUUUCUCCUCUGCAUGAUAUGAUAUUUAAUGUCAUUAAUUUUAUUAUCUAAGGUUUCUUGGAUGGGUAUGGUGAAUAGGCAUCCGGUGAGGGUAUCUAAAACAGACUUUCAAAACAUGUUGAAGUAAAUUUAAUAAUUUUGAAAAAAAUUAUUUGUUGAUGACUGAUGUUGAAGGUCAUAAAAUAUUCCAAUAAUUUUCACCAAUAAUAUAGUUUAUUAAUCGUUUACUCACCAAUAAAAUAUUCUGAUAUUUAAUCGUUUAUCGAUUACUGAUUUAUUGAAAAACUUAUAGAAAUACCAAAGUGAUAAAGUUUAAAAAAUUCAGAUAGAAUUUAUAUAAAAUAAAAAAUUACUUAAUUAUGAAAUAAAAUAAUGUCAGCUGCCAUACAACAUAAAUAUUAAUGCUUUUAUACCAGUUUCCUUGGCAGCCUCAAUGCUCAAGUGCACUCAGUUGGUUUGUCACCUGGGAAGUAAGAUUCUUUUUCUAUGUACUUCUUGUGAUUAUGUUCAAUCUUUCCCUUCCUUAUAGGUCUCUCACUGGAAUUAUCAUAAAGAAGAAUGUGCAAGACUUGCACAACAGAUGGUUCAUGCAAAGGCCUUGAAUGAUUUGCCGUUUACUUUCUAUGAGAGGAUUACACUUUUGGUAAUGCAUAUAUUAUCACCCUUUCUGAUGAAGUUCUGUUCUUUUUCAGGUGUAUGUUAUGUAUUUAUUUAUUAACAACAGAUGCUGUGCUUUCCUUACACUCCAGUUUAUUAGUGUCUCAAUCAUAAUUUCUCUAGAUUUAUGGAUUUUCAUUUGUGAUCUUCAAGAUCUUUUUCUUCCUCAUGAAGGUUCAUGUGAGCCCAUGAGUACUUGUAUUUUUUUUUGAUAGCUCUAGUUAUCGCAGAAUGCUUUUUCUUAACCAUCUUAUUAACGAGAGAUGAGAAGAUGAGGAGAAAACAAGAAUUAGUUCAAUGGGAUGUGAGGAAUGGAUAACUAGACAUAUAUGUAAGUGAAGAUCAUAUUAUAUCUUUUUGAGGGCAUUCAGACUAAUUAAAAUCUCUUGAAAAGGAUUAAAUGUAAUAAGUUUUCAAAUAAAUUUGAAUAAGAAAAUGCGUUAGGAAUUGAAUAAUCAUGUUGAUAAAAACCUAGCUAUGGGAUGAUUUCUGACAUCUUUUUUAACAGUUGUACUAACUUCAUUUCUCUCUGAAAACGUUUUUUGAAUUCCAUUAGCAUUUAACUAUGAGAUGCCAUUCAUAGAUUUUUCAUUUGUCUUUUCUACUUUUCCCGUUUAGAAAUGGCUGUUUUUGUCGCCGUUUUUUUUGUGGUUCCUUUUUGAUCUGGUGUAUUUACUACUUUGAGGUCUUUGGUGUCUAGGUGACAAAGGAAUCACUGACAAAAUGCCACCUUUUGAUGUCAGAAGGUCUUCACCAAAAAGGAUUAUGGAAAUCUGAAUGCAGUUGUGGACCAUCUGUUACAUCAUCUCAUGUUUCAUUGUACUUCCCAUAACAAUUAGCUUGCAUAUUUCAGGAAUGAUGUUAUAUGCUACGUUUCUUCUUUCCAAUCAUGGAUGGCCAAUUUGUUGUUUUAAUAAGAAGCAUACAGCAUAAACUUAGGGUCUUUUGUUAAGUCCAUUAUGGUCAAUAUUACAUUUUUACUUGGUUAAGUUUAUGUCCUUUCCAUGUUUUAUAAGCAAGAUACUUAAGCUGUGCAACUCAAUAUCAGGUCACAUCUUAUAUCAAUUAUUGUCUUCUCAAUGUAGAGUUUCUUCUUUGAUGCACUUUGACACCCAUCAUAUUUUUUUUCGUAAUUUGUAGUGAUUAAUUGCACUUGCAUACUCUUGAGAUUGACUUGUUUGGAUGUUCCAUUUAUCAAUACUAUGAAGGGACGUUGUCUUAACUAUGCCCUGUUGUCUAUCAUGUAGAUGAUAUUCAAAGCCUAUUUAGUCAAUUAGUGCUUCAAAUUCCUUCUAAAGUUUUAGUUUCCUCAUGAUGUUGUUCACCAUCCUUAACAUGCGCCAUAUUCAAAUUAUAUAGCCUUCUUUUCUAUUAGAGAAAAUCAUCAUCAUCUUCAUCGUAUGCUGGAUUGUCCAUUCUCGGGUUUUUCUAAAUUAAGAACAUCAUCCAAAUAUGAUUUUUUUCUCCAUUUUGACUAUCUUAGAAUAAUCAACUGACGGAGAUCUUUCCCAUGUUCAUUUAUUCUCGAAAUCAUUUCUUCAGUGUAUGCUGGAGUUGCCGUUCUCAGGUUUUCUACAUGUAUUGAUGGUUAGUUUUCUAGAAUAUUUCUAAUUAGCGCUGCUUGUAUGCUUCCUUUUUCUAUUGGUCACACCUACCGAUUCCUCAAAUGCAGAGAAAGUUCGGAAUGCAUAUGGGUUAUUUUUUCUCCUUUCAUUACUGUGACUUGAGUUUAGAACAAUAUACCCAGUGUCGGGCUAUCAACCUACCCUUAUUAUAGAAGUGGGAAGUGGGUUUUUCUUAGGAAAAAACCGUGCCUAUGAUAUAUAAGGAUUCAUAAUUUCUCUUCAACAGGCCGGUGUCGUGCAGAUCAUUUAACUGAUUCUUCAUAUUCCCCAAUAUUUGCACAUUUUGAUGAUAGUACUUUACUGUAAAGAGGAUUACCUACUAAAGGUACCUAUUCAACAGUGGAUCGUUUAAAAUUAAUGUUAAUGAUAUCCCAACCUACGUUGGAUGAACAUGAGAAAAAAUUUCAUGUGGUGUUGAAUUGCUAACUCUUCAAUUUCCUUACUCUGCAACCUGGCUUGAAAAAGAGAGACAUCCGGUUGCAUUGUAUUUUGUUAUGAUACCCCAUUUCGCUAGACUUCCUCGUUUUCAAACUGUUGGUUCUUUAUUCUGUAUUCAUCUUUCUCUCUUUCUCUUCGUUGACAUGUGUUCCAACCUUUGAAACCCUAGCGGGUAUAGUAUUUACAGGUUGACGCUUUAAGUUGUAAACAUGUUGAAAAAUUGGGUUCUUUGCAAUUUCUCAUCGUUCAGUUAUUCAUCCGUACUGUAGAUUUGAAAAAUCUUAUCGUACCAUGUAAUGUUAUCACUUGAUUUUACUUUUAUGAUACUUAUUAUAGCUGAUGACUUGUCCCAAAUACUUUUUAAAUGAUUUUGCGGCUCAGCUUGGUCAUCUUUGACUAUCUAGAAGUAGGCUUUUUGGAGUUGUCGCUUCUAGCUCUUGUUUCAUGCAAGUAAUGUUAUAACCUCAUGCAGGAUUAAUGAUGAAUGGUAUCUCCCAACUUCCUUAUGCCCCUGUCUAGGUACAUUUUCUUUUCUUUUUCUAUGUAAUGCCUUGAUGGGAUUUUUUUCUUCGCUUAUUUUUUAUGCUUGUGAAAAUGAUCCGCAGAACCAAAAAAUCCAUUGUUAUCCCACUUGAGGGAUUGGAAAGAUUACUAUCAAUGGAGAUGCCUCCCCUUCAAUUCACCUGUUGCAUUGUUACUCCACUCGGUAUGUUUUGUGCCCAUCAUUCGCUGGUCUGGACCAUUUUCUUUUUGGAGUUAAGACUGCUUUAUUUGGAAUAUUAUUGUCUGACAUUUUUUUUUGGCUUGUCAAUAAUAGUGACCUUUUAUCUGUAUCCUAAGAUCAGGUCUAAAAGUGUUUUCAGUUUAUGAUUGUCGUGAUCGAACUAGCCUAGCCUUCUGAUUAUGUUUUACUUGGUCCAGUCCAAGUUGAAAUGGCAUUCCCAAGUAUAGUGUUAGCAAUCUGUUGUCAUUGGUAACUAAAGUCUGGGACACGUAUCAACAUAUCCAGUAGCUCCCCCAGCCACACGUAUCAACAUCUGCCAUGGUUGCCUCAGUGUACGUUGUAGAUAUACAUUUAUUUAGCAUCUACACUCUGGAUAUCUUUUGUCAGGUUGUACGAUUCUGUCACAUUCCUUUACCAUGUUACUCUCAUGCAGCCCCUUCAGGUUUUAUGUUGAUAAAUUUUUGGCCCUAAAUAUCUUAAAAGUUUCAAUGGUUUCAUAUCCUAAAGAUUUACGUAAAAAUUGUUUGUCGUUUUUGCAUUUAUUAUAAUGAUAGUUAUUUUGUUUUAGUUACAGUGAGAAGAUUAAUUAUUAUGGCCUAGAUCAUGAUAGCUGAACCCCACCUGUUGACUUAAUAUCACAAAUGCUGAUUGAUCAAAGGUGCAGCCAGGUUGCGGGGAAUAAGGAAGAGGGAUGGAAGGAGAGAGGGGAGAAGGGUAGUGGGAAGAGAGGAGAAAGGGAAAUAGAAGAGGAGGCUGAAGAAAAGUGCAUUACAAUUUCAUCAAAAAUUGUUUUUACCCAGAGGGCUCCAUUGUGCUUAAAUAGGCAAGUGGAGUCCUAAAAGUAGCUAUUAUCUUUAAAUCUAGAAGAGAGGAUAACAUUUAUUCAAGAUUGCAGUUCCCUAACUUCACAGCAGGAAUGACACAUUAAUUAUUGGCUCUUUUUGCUGAAAACUGUUCCCAUCAUUCUUCCGAAUGAUAGAAAAGCUGUUCUCUGAUGUGGUAUGGUUUUGGGUACUGUUCCAAGUAAAUUGGAUUAAGUUGAAGACGCUGGUCUUCAUAGGAGAAGAACCACCUGUUGCUCACAAUUAUGCCUAUUAUGAUGCACUGAAAAAAAUACCAAGUAGACUGAUGGGUAUCUUUCUGUCGAGGAUUGUGCUGGUUCACAGGAAUGCGUGGAAGCAUCAAAUGAUAGAAAGAGGCUCCUGAUGUUCUCUUAACGAGGAAAUAAAUCCUAAAUAUCGAGAACAUGCUUGUGAUGCAUAUCAGGUGGAAAAUUUGCAGUGCUCUCAUAAUUAUCAGUUAUGACAUUUGUGAAAAGUCAAAGUGUUGUUGAGAUGUUGUGCCAUAAGAAUUUUUAAGGGGCUCUUGUUGGUGGUGUGAUUAAUUGAUCUAUGAUUGGAAGUUCAUCUACUUGUACAAGCAAAACCCAAAUAUUUAGGCAGCCACCAAUGGGACAAUGCAGAGGACUAUUUAGACUCCUACUGGCAACCUCUAUAUGGCCAUCUCUAUUUGAUAGCCAAAGCCCUUAACAUAGGUCAAGUUGUGUACCACAGAAGUUUCUACAAUUUUUGCAAAGCAGGUGAUUAGUUUUACAUCACAAUCAAACAUGAUGGCCUCAAGUAAACUUUGCAAAUUAAGAAUAUCACAAAAUAAGUCGGUGGUGGUAUCAGAGGAACCCGACACUUUGUUGAUGGAAAAAAAGUGUAGCAUCUUACAAAGUUAGUCAACAACAACGAUGAUGGGGUCAUACUCUGGUUUUUUUUGGGAAGGUUUAGAGCGUCGUUUAUAUUUUUUUAAUGAAGAACUAUCCUAAUGGAGUGUAAGAAUUACGCUUUCAAACCUCAGUAAUUUGAGAUAUGCAGCAUUGUUAGACGGCUUGUCCUAGGUUGCGACAUAAGACCAACAAUACCUCUGUAACCACUGUAUGAGUCUUGUCAUGCCCAAAGUGACUAGUGAUGUCACUACGUGCACCUUCCAGGCCACAAAAUCUCUAUUCGAGCUGUGGAAGGAAAAAAUGGGUUGUUUGGGGAAGGAAAUCUUGAAGAACAAAACCUAGAAUUCCCUUGUUCUUCCAAUAAUGGAAUGGAGAGUAAAUAGAUCUAAAGUUUGGUGGAUAUUCAUCUUUCAAUUACUUGAACACCGCGAUUUGUGUGCGUAAGACACUCAAAAGAUGGUGGCAUCGGUUAAGAAUAUCGUGAGCCUUGAUAUCUACCCCAAGUGCCUGAGUAGAAAUGUGUACUCUCGGCGGAAUUCAGUCCAUUUCUCUUGAGGAUGGAUCACUUGUUUUGGAAAUUAAAAUUUUUAAAGACCUUGUGAUGAAUUUCUGUGGGAGCAGGUAAUUGGGUUAGCUGCAAAGGACUUGAACGAAAGUGAAGAAUUAGAUGUCAUCGAUCGAAUUUCUUUGUUUCAAUGUCAUCAAACUUCUUGCUCAAAAAGUUUAUAAGGUGGUCACUCUAUUUUGGGACAACCAAUCUCCAGCCCAGCUGCAUCAUGUGCCACCUUAAACAGAGGUCGUCAUCUUCCUCUACAUAAUCUCACUGAAGGCUUUAGUACCAGUUUUAGUUCAGCUAUAUUCCUUCCCAUCUGACUCCAUGAGAGGAACCGUGAUGAAAUUAAAGUCCUUAGUGGAUAAAUCAAAUCAAGGCUCCUUAUGUUGUCUAGAAAAAUAUGAUUGACUUAGGGACCUUAAAAUGACGUGGGCACAUGCCAGGUAUUAACUUUACUCAGGUGAGACUGAACUUCAGGGAAAUGCUUCAAUCAAUGACCAGCAUGCAGAUUUUAUCCCCACAUUUGAAGAACGUGCAUAUGUGGGCUUGUGUAAAGCAGUUCGAUCAGAUCCUCUAGAGCAGUAAAGAUUCUUCACAUGGCACCAAUGAGAGUGUCUGCAUCUUGUUUCAUGUCAUCUAAUUGAUGGUUGUACUGCCUAUCGCCAUAUAAAUGUGAGGCACCGUAAUUUUUCAUAUAUCUAUAUUAUGAGGUAUUCAGCCAUUCUCUUUGUGAGCUGGGAAGUUAUCAAAUGUGAAGUGAUCAUGAGAAGGACAAAUGACUCUUUGUUUGAUUUCCUGUACUCUGGUCUUUGGUUUUCCGGAAAACUUACCUUGACCUUGGACUCGAGUGUGAAAAGGAAGAGCUCGGUUUCUCCCCUAACAAAGAAAGGAAGGUAUCAAGGAUCAGGUGUCAGAGUACGAGAGUUUCACUUUGGUUACCUUAUCUUUUGCUCAUUGGUAUCAUGUAAUGUUUAAUAUGUUGCAUCUAACUUUUUACAACUUAAGGUCUUUGUAACCAUUCCGUGGAUUCUAUUUUAAGGGUCACAUUGUCUUAUGGUUGUUUAAGACGAAGGGAACGCUUAUAAGACGUUGUAGGAUCAACACCAUGAUAAAAUCCAAGUAGUACAAGGGGUAAUCCGUGUUUGUGAUGAAAGGAACUGCUAUUUUGGCGGGUGAAACGAAAGAAACAAUGAAGUGAUCUUGGCAACUCAAUAUUACUGUGAGAAUUGCACAAAAUAUUAAGGCAGCAGUUAGCAACCAUGAUUCCAUAAUCCUGGAAGUACUUGUGUAUUUUAUACCAGCACUAUAAUGUCCCAAACUUGUUGAAUUUCAUCUUGAAGCAGAACAGUGAUUAUGCUGAUAUGGAAGAUCGUUUCAAAUAGUCACUUCAGGGGUUUUUCAAUGUGAGAUUUCAUUGUUACUUUUAUGAUCAAAUGCAGAUGUGGCAUGAGAUGCAAUUUCAAUGUUAGAUGUUUUUGAGCUGACUUGAAUCGGUUUUAUAUAAUCUUUGAGAUUACUGAACUAAUUGGAUGAAUCAGUCCAGAUCUAGGAGAUAGGUGUGGGUUUGAGUGGUUUAGGACCCUGAGUCUAUAUAUCAGGUCUGGAAAACCAGAGACAGGCAUCUUCCCUCUCAUUGUGCUGCCUACAACGAAGGCAGGAACAGCCACAAUGGUGAUGACUAUGCAGGCUUAAGCUAUGGACAAAGGACAGCAGACUCUUCAUACAGGAACAGUUUCCAGCAACACUCAGCCGAUUAUGAGAACUGCAGUGUCAAUGGCAGACAAUAGAGACAGCAAACCUUGGAUGAGCUCACGCUUAAAUAGUGUCAACCUGUAGCUGAAAUAGAGCGAAUAGGGGAGAGAUGGAAGGAUGAGAAAGGGUAGAACGGAGAGCAGAUGAGUGAGAAAAGCAAGUAGAUUUCUGUUAAAUCAGAAACCUGUUUACCUCUUGGGGACGACAUGGUGCUUAUAUAGGAUCAAAUUUAAUACCCAAUGUCUGCUGCUUAGCAAUCCCAAUAGCUGAUUUACAAUAACUCUAGAAAUGGAAAAUCGUCUAGCAAAGACUAGAAAGAGACUUAUCUUGGAAUCUCAAAGACCCAACCUGCUAUCAUUAAGCAUAGAAGUAGGAAAGACAUUAGUGCGAGAUAUUCUCUCAAACUUGGGAGGAGGGACAGACCAGCAUUUUCACUUAAGUGUGUGCACGGAAAUUACAGUUUAAUGUUCAGCCUGUAUUCAUACUGGAAAUCACAUUCAAGAAUUGCUUAAUCAAUCAAAAUCUAGUUCAGAAAUACCUUCUGAAGAAAUUUGUGGAUCCAAGAGUUAAAGAUAUGCCCACAAAUUAGUGAAUUGAACAAGUUUCUUUUGCACAGAAUGACAAAAAGCUUCCCAGCACUAUGUUUGUGAUGUUUUGAGAAAAAAGACAAACCCUAAUGGUAGUGGCGGAGAAACUUAUGCCAGAUUUCACGCACAGUUAUUGCCUUUCAAUCAGUUAGUGUGUUGCUUCGACAGAAUAAUGCCCCUUUGAAUUAAUCAAUCAAUUAGCAAAUGUAGCGUACUUUGUUUGUCUAAUCGUUAUGAUUAGUGGAUGUUUUCUGUUGUAAACUUCUGCUGUCUAGGUGGAAUUGUUUCAGUGUCUUUCAUGCGAUUCUCAAAGGGAUUUAUAAUAUCAAGUUCUGAUUGCUAAAUUAUACAAACUUUCACUAAAUGCACAUCACUGUGUAUUUGCUGUGAUUCCUCUGAUGUUAAAUGCCUCAGUCUCUUUGUGUGAUCAAUGUAUCCUGUCUUUUAAAUUUUUUAUGAUAUAAGAAGGAUAAUUUUUAUUUUCAGCCACUUACUGUAUACCAUUGCUUCCAACUCGUUUCUUCCUCAAAUACAAUCCCGGAAGUUGGUGAAAACUUGCACAUACAUUAUUUAGGUAAUAUGUUUCUCAUAGUUAUGGUACACAGGUGACGUGCUCCUUUAACCACUCAGCAUCCUUAAUUUUACUCUAAUGUACUUGGUUCACAAUGUAACUGUGUGCUUUUGAACCGCAGAUGAUUGAACUGUUUUUCAUUAACACCAAGUGUUUUGAGAGCUUUACUCUUUUUAAUGAUUUUUUGUAACCUGAAAAUGUGAACCCAUUUUUCAAUUUCUUGGAAUCUCUGUGUACUAAUUGAAAGGAAUGGUGGUGCUUAUUAUUUUGAGCUGUAGAAUUUUUCUACAGUAAUGUAGACAGUUGGUGGUGGAAAUUGCCCAUACACUUAUUUAUGGAAAGGAAUGGUGCUCUCUAUGUCCUUUCAUGUCUUGAAGACCAUGUUUGCCUCAUCUGUUUAUGUACAUUUGAUACCUUAUGCAUAAAUGUUAUUAACAUACGGAAAUUUGAAGCAUUAUGAAUAACACUGAAAAAAAAACAUCUAUUCAUUGAUGUAUCCAAGCAGUUCAUGAUCAUAUUUUUCAUCAAGAACUCCACUUGUAUUUACAUCAUGGAUGACAGUUAUAUACAACUGCCAGGACCACAAAACAGGGAAGCUGCCUAACAAUUAGGAAACCAACAACCUAGGAAAUAGUCCCAACUGAGAACUGAACUCCUAAUUAUAUGUUCUUUCCCACAUUCCCCCUCAGGCUAGUGAAUAAGCAUUCUUUAUUCCCAGCUUGGAUGUAAGACUCUAAAAUACUAAAUUACUUGAACCCUUAGUAAAUACAUCUGCAAGUUGGCCAUGUGUAGACAGAUAAGGUGUACAAAUCAAUCUGCUCUCCAACUUUUUCUUGAUGAAGUGUCUGCCAAUUUCGAUGUAUUUUGUUUGAUGGUGUUGUUCUAGACUGUGAGCUAUGGUAAUGGCAGACUUGUUGUCACAAUAAAUUCUUAUUGGGCAACCCCACUGAAUCUUUAAGUCUUCUAAGAUAGUCAACCAAAGUAGUUCACACAGACCUCAGCCAUUGCUUGGAACUCAGCCUCUGCACUUGACCAUAUUAUCACAUUCUGUUUUUUCUCCAUGUGACAAGAUUGUUACCAAGAAAGAUGCAAUAUCUAGAGGUUGAUCUCCUCUCAAACACUGACCCUGCAUGAUGAACAUUUGUAUAUGCCUCAGGUACCAAUCAUUCAUUUCUCUUGAAUAGAUGUUGAUCUCCUCUCAACCAGUGACCCUACAUAAUCAACGUCUGUAUGUUUCAAGUGCCAAUCAUCCAUUUCUCUUGAACAUAGUAUCCUUUCCUCGUGUCUCUUUUAGAUACUACAGCACUUGGUUAGUUGCCUGCAGAUGGACUUCUUUUGGAUUGUGUAUGAAUUAAUCACACUGUCUACAUAUGCUAUAUCUGGUCAUAUAUGAGACAGAUGAAUGAAUCUUCCUAUGAGGUGUUGACAUAUUUCACUAUCUACCACCGCAUCUUCCUCUGCCUUUCUAAGUUUGAGAUCGGAUCUAUUGAAGUACCUGCUGGUUUGCAUGCAGUCUUGCUUGUUUCUCUGAGAAAUUUAGUAACAUCUAUUGGGAGAUGAAGAUGCCCUGCCUUGAGUGAGCUUCAAUCCCAAUAAAAUAUUUCAGCCUCCCUAACGCUUUGAUCUCAAACUCAGCGAAACAUUUUCUCAAAUAUUCUCUCUUUAUAUUUAUUCCUCAGGUACUAAUCAACAUAUCAAGAGUGUUGUACUCUGCCUGAGGAUGAGUGCUUAAUGAAAAGUACAUGAUCCCCUUGGCUUUAUCAGUAACAUAUGGCAAUCAUAACUCUUGUGAAUCUACCAAAUCAUAUCUGAGGUGAUUGCUUAAAUUAUAUAAGGCUUUCUUCAAUUUUCACACCAUAUGAGCAGCCAAAUUAUUUCCAUAACCUGUUGAGAUCUCCACAUAAAUCUCUUCAUCUAGUUCGAAACACCUAGGGUACUCCUCUGGUACACUCACUGGCACCGGAGAUAGACUAGGGACUUCUGCCAUGAGUUAGGGUUCGCGGUCUCAACCAAAAACAGGCGAACCUUCAAACCUUUGCUAACGGAAAAAUAGUGUUUGUGGUCUCAACGUAUGCAGACCUUCAAUGAAGUAAGCUCAGAUGGCUUAAGAAGAGGUUUGGAACGUAUGCACCUGAUGCUCUGAUACCAUGUCGGAGAUUCUCCCACCUUGGGCUAGGGCACAGCCACCAUGAGCAGGGGAGCUGUUAGAACAUGAGAGAGUGAGAGAAAAAGAAAAUACUUCAUUCAUUUUGAGUUAGGGCUCGUGACCCUUUUAAUACAUGAGUCAUGACUAUUGGAUCUAUCUCGGGUAUAAGUGGCCAAAUCCGAUACCGAUAAGUAAUUGGACUUAUCACGCCCAAUACCAUUUAUUCUAACAAUAUCCAAUAAUCUUCCCCAUGUCCUUGUCAUAAAAUGCACAGUGAUUAUGAUGAAAAACUACUUUUCAAUGUAAAUCUUGAGCAAGCUUUUGGAUAGACAGUUUGUGGACGACCUAGGGAUGUGAAACUACCAAACUAGGGAACUGAGAAACUGAAAAAGAAACCAACAAAAUAGGAAAUGAUCCAACUAAGAAUUGAACUCCUAAUUAUAUGUUUCUUUCCCCCAAUUACAAAUCUUAAACACAGCUGGCAAUUCAUCUAUCGAAAUGGAGAGGACAUAAAGUUGGGAAUGAUAAUGCUAGUCAACUCCAAUACUCGUAUCCAACCAAAAUGCAAAAGAUGAAUUCUAUUGGCAUGUCUUCCUCCAUUCGAAACAAGGGAUUGCUCAUGGUGGGGGAAUUCAAGACACAGAUCAAAAGCUGCAUUGGAUUGUUCCCAGCCCUUAUAUGCUCAGUUCAGAAAAUAGUAAGGAUCGUAGAAGUCAAAGGAUACUUCCAAUGUUAGAUAAAUGCCUGAUAAGACAGUCUUGCUAUAGUCGAGAUUAGAGUUAAACUUGUUUCUUGGUAUAAUCCACAUUAGGAUUUUGUUUAUAUAAGUCAAUCUGCAUUUUAAGCAUUAUAACGUCUGGUUCCUAUGUUUGAUACAGCUAAUGCAUUAGGAGUUAGGGUGUUUUACAUUAGAUUCGUCAGUCUAGUGAUUAAUGUGCUGAAGCAUUUUAGUGUGCUACUGAUUUAAUUCUCUUACAAACGACAAAAAGUCAUGUUUUUUUAGUUGCUUUCCUGUGAUUCAUUGACUGUUAACCACGUGUGCACCAUUCCUAUUUCCUCUAUCACUAUUCAUAAUGACCCCUUGGUAAUAUACACCGAAAUGAAACUGCUGUAUGGAUAAUGGAACGUACCUAGCAUGAUAACCAAGCCUUUUUUCAUUUGAACUUUAGAAUGAUAUCUUUAACUUAAAUGAUGUCAACAAUGAAUAAACUAUGGUCACUAAUAUAUCCUUGUGACUAAAAAUUGAAAGGUCCUGAUAGAGAGCUUCUUCAACUCUCAAUGUUUGGGGAGCUACGUGCAUUAUUUCCUGGUGUUCAUUUGCACAUUGAAUUUAUUGGACCAGCGGUUCCAGAUUUAAGGUUAGUUUAGAGAAUUUACAAUGUACUUUCUUGCUUUUCAAUAAGAUGAAAUUUAGGCAUCGGUUUGGUGAUGGUUAGUUUUUCUUCUUGUUUCUUAGGCAAUAAAGUAGUGAUCCCUUGCCUUGGCCAUCAUCUAAACACAGCCAAGUGAACUGUUAUGUUAUUAUGCAGAAAUGUAUUCGAUAUGGUCAUAGAUGAUCUGUUGGAUUUCUAUCCUUAAAACAUUUAGUAAUGUUCAAAAUUUUCAUUAGUUCGCUAUCUUUCAGCAUAUGUUUCAUUUUUUGUAGGGAUAAUGAGAGAAUAAGCCUUAACAAUUAUGGUCGUUGCUCAGAGGAAGGUUGUACCUGCAAGACAAGUUUGAACACUAGCCUAGAAGGAUCAAGUGAUGUGUCUUAUUCUGUGACUCUACAGCUUCGGAAGGGUUUCUAUCAUGACCGAUAUAGUGAUAUAAUGAAGGUUAAAAUCUGAUGUCACUAGUUUUAUGAAAUUUUGGUGACAAUUAUUUUCCUGUCUUAUUUCAUGUUGGUGAUGAAGAAUCAUAUUUCUUGCUUAUAUAGCAUUCUUACCAUGUUGUGCCCAUUACUACAUGUUUUUGUCUUUUAACCGUAGAUAUGACAGACAUGAAACGGUAAUUUAUACAUUGCGGAGAACUUAUCUUUUUUGCCAUUUCUAAAGCUCAUCAAGUGUCGUUCUCUGUAGAAUACCCUGUCUUUUGUGAUACUCUGAUAGAAUAUUCCAUCUUAUCUAAAGCUCAAAAAUCACAAUGCCUGCCAUUCGCAUGAUCUUUAAUGAUACAGAUUCUAGGAUUUUUUUCAAUUUGAAGUUUUCUACUGGUAGACAUUGCAUCCUACAUUACCCUAUUUCACGGAGAGAUGUGGCGGGGAUUUCGUUUCCAACUAAGUUUAACUUUCUUUAAUUGUCCUUAAUUUGCCUGCGCUAUUUAUCUCCAUUUUUAAUGUUAUUGGUAGGUUUCUUCUCCCCACAUCAUCAUUGCGCCUAAUGCUGGUGUUGCUGCUUAUUCCAGUUGGCUUCCAACAAUUGUAUGUACUUUCCAUUUGUAAAGAUUACCUUUGUUGAGGGGCUUGAUAAGGUGCGUUCCUAGAAAGUAUGUCUUUCCAAAGUAUGAGCGGAAAAUUUUGAGUAGGAGUAAUAAUCCUUUUUCUGUGUACAAUUUUAAGGAACUUAACUCUGAAUUCACUAGUUUGACAGCAAAAGUAAAGUUACGUGAGAAAAUUCGGAAUUUAAAGCUUUUAUAUUAUUUCUGUAAUUUUCAUCUUUUAUUUACUUAACUUUCUGCAAAUGGCAGCAAAGUACACCAAAAUCCUCAAUCAAUAAAACUACAUUUAAUAAUUCUGGUACUCUCUCCAACUAAAUUAGGUGAAAUCUGAUACUGGUCAAUUACUUAGGAGAUAAUCUUUUAACGAAAAGCAGAAGAAACUAUCUUAUCUUUUUCAUUCAAAAUUAUGUUAUUUUUGAUAGAACUAAUAUCUAGUUAAGAUAUUUAUUCUAUCACAUAUAUUCAUUUAUUUGGUUGAAAACUUCGCCAACAUGUAUAAAAGAAUUUGUAUAUUCACUCUUAUUUCUCAACUCCAUAUAUCGUGCUGAUUAUGAACGUUGUCUUUUAUUAAUAAAAAAAAUGACAGCUACACACAGACUCUUAUUGUUUAUUUUUUUCACCGAGCUCAGUUGAUUUCUUUUCCGAAUUCUUAUUGUCGUCUUUUCCAUUCUAUAAGAAGUUACCUUUGUGGACCGUAUGUUAUAAUCAAUUGAUGGUUUUAUAUGCAAAAUGAGGAGUCCAUGUUAAAUUAAAAUCACCCAAUUUUGAAUUAGCUGACUUAAUAUUAAAUGAACAAUUUCUUUGGGAUUGCUUAUUUGACCCUUCUCUAAAUGGCAGCUUUGCAUCCUUCCGUCUUUUCCAGAAGGCCGUGAACAAUCUUGUUAGAAAUUUUGUUACCCUAGCAUAACUGAAGUGAAGAUGUAAGCUUCUUGGCACAUGUUUUGCCAUAAUAGUUUAGUCAGAACGUCUAUCAUUACUCUUUAUUUAACUUCAGCAUUGGACUUUCUCCAAGGAGCUGCCUUUUCCUUCUCCUAGUCGCUUGAAUGCCCCCCCCCCCCCCAAGUAUCUGCAAUAUGCUGCGACCCAGCCUCUGUCAUCAUAAAAUCUUGCUCCAUCAUGUAUUUUAUCACAGGGCACUUCAUUUUUCAUGCCCUUUCCCUGAUUACAUAUUAUGUGCGGUAAUUUGAUUAUGACUCAUUGCCUAACUAGUCGCAAGACGGAUCAUAUACAAUACUAAAAGUGACAGCCAAAUUUAAUAGCUUAUCGCUGGUCGUUGAUAUUUCCCUCUAUCAUUCUUAGAUGAGAGCUCCCCUUUUUGUCCAUAUCUUUAGUUUCUACCAAUAACUUAUGCACAUAUUAUGAAACUUGGCGACAUUUAUACCAGCAAGUGCCAGUGACACGAUCACCCUUUUCCUUUUUCUAGGAGCUCAUUCAGCAUAUUGGUGUGCCCGCAGUAUUUUCUGAUUUUUGUGAGGAAGCUGCAAACUUAUCUGCUAGCUGCAUCGAGAGAGUAACCAAGCAAGCACUCAGCCUACCUGUGAGUUAUCGCCUCUCAUAUUCAGCUGACACUUCUCAGGUAAUUGCUCCAUCUGCAGUUUUAUAUUCACCCGUGAUUCUCAGGUUCAGGUAAAUCCGUUCAGGCAACCAGUGCCGGUGGAGAACUCGGCACUCUGCAUUCCCUGCUAUUCAAAUUGCUUUCUCUUCGGAAUGUAA